AUGCAAGGAAUGAUUAGGAUUGAAAAUGUUACAAAUAGCAGCAAAAGUUUUUUCGCCCAUGACCGGUGGAUCUGGGACUCUGUAGCAGCUCCCCAGGCUCACUCUUCCCCAACAAAAGCAGCCCCAAUUACAGGGUCGAAAAUGCUGGCCGUGCAGUAUUCAUCUUGCGGCGGAGGUGUGAAUGAUCUCAAGCAUGUCCAAGUUCCAGUCCCAUCAGCGAAUAAGAACGAGGUUCUCAUAAGAGUAGAAGCGGCAAGUAUCAAUCCAAUCGACUGGAAGACACAAGAUGGGAAGCUAUGGCCUCUUCUACCUCGUACAUUGCCUUUGAUACCAUUGACUGAUAUUGCAGGAGUUGUCGUUGAUGUUGGUCCUGAUGUGCAACAUGUCACGGCUGGAGAUGAAGUGGUGGCCAUGUUGCACCCUUUCCGUGGAGGUGGAUUUGCAGAGUAUGCUGUGGCAUCCGCAAAUUUGACCGUUAAGAGGCCGCCUGAGGUAUCUGCUGCUGAGGGUGCCGGGCUUCCCGUUGCGGCAGCCAGUGCUUUGCAGGCACUGAGGUGUACCGGCGCCAAAUUCGAUGGUAGGAGUAGCCAGCCUCCUUUACACGUCCUCCUUACAGCUGCCUCCGGUGGCGUUGGCCUAUACGCUGUGCAGCUCGCGAAGCUGGCAAACCUCCAUGUUGCCGCUACCUGUGGAGCCCGAAACAUGGAGCUCGUCAAGAGCCUGGGUGCAGAGGAGGUGCUGGACUACAAUACACCAGAGGGGGCAAGCCUCAAGAGCACGUCCGGCAAGAAAUACGACGGCGUUGUCCACUGUACCGUUGGCAUAGGCUGGUCGACGUUCGCGCCAUUGUUGUGCAGCUCCGGCAAAUUAAUUGAUCUCACCCCAAACUUUUCGGCCUAUGCCACCUCUCUCCUGCACUUGGUCACCUUCUCAAGGAAGCGCCUCGUUCCGCUACUUCUGAGACCCAAUAAGGCGGACUUGGAGUUCUUGGUCGGGUUGGUGAAGGCCCGUAAGCUGAAGACCGUUAUUGACUCGAGGUAUCCGUUCAGCGAUGCGGCCAGGGCGUGGCAGACAGCCAUGGCUGGCCAUGCCACCGGCAAGAUCAUCAUUGACAUGGGGACCUGAUAGUCGUCAUGCUCAAUUAGCUUAUUUCGCUCUGCUAAUUAAUUAAGCAGAACA